AUGGCCGAGCUUGAAAUUCACGAAAUAAGAUCAAAUGAUAUUUCAGCCAUUUUCUUUAUUAAUGAAACAAUGGCAUCAGAAAAGUGGCAAUCAGGAUUGGAAGAUACUGAAUCCCUCUUAUGUGGCGAACAUCCUGGGGUUUAUAUAGGCGAGCUCAACGGAAAGCCAAUUGCAACCGUUUGUUUCUCAAAGUAUGGCAACGCAUAUUCGCAUUUUGGGUUCUACCUUGUCGAUAAGAAAUAUCGUGGUAUGGGAUAUGGAAUGAAGAUUUUCAGCACUGUAUUCAAAGACAUCAAUUCAUCUCAAAACAUCUCUGCAUAUUCUGUCCCAAACAUGGUGGAAAAAUACGAGAUUCAUGGUUUUCGAGCUCAGUGGCUGUGCUUACAACAUAAACUCGACAUGCCGAAAACCCUUGAAAUCCUCAAAGCCAUUCCAUCCAAUCAAAAUGGCUUAACAUCGACGAAAAACACCAACAAUGUCCAUCAAGAAACUCUGCUGAGGUAUGAUACAGCUGUAUUUGGCUACCAGCGACACAGUUUCUUAAUCAAAUUGCUCCACGCCAAAGGAAGUCACGUUAAGGUAGCUGUCAACAGCGAUGGAGCCAUUACCGGAUAUGCUGUUGCAAGAGUGGCGUACCGUCAGCAAGAGGGCUACAUACUUGGCCCGCUGUUUGCAGACUCUGUUGAGGCUGCAAAGGUGCUACUAGCAGCAUUGUUUGAAGAGAUGUUAUCCCAUGGGCUCUCUUCUUCUAGCCCAACAGCUAUCAUUAAUUGUCCCUGCAGCACUGGAAGGAAUUCAAAUUCCAUGCGGCUGAUGGAGCAACUCGAAGGCAAAAAUACUGGACAUCAUCUGGUAUACAUUACCACUAAAGGUGUUCCUCUAGGCCUUUUUGAUAAAUGGUUUGGUAUCGCAUCGCCAGGUAUUGGUUAA